GUGUGUGUGUGUGUCCCUGUGUGUGUGUCUCUGUGUGUUUGUGUGUGUGUGUCUCUGUGUGUUUGUGUGUGUGUGUGUGUCUGUGUGUGUGUGUGUGUGAGAGAGACUGGGGGAGGUACGGCAGCCGCGUGAGGUCAAACGCGCGUCGCGGCCCGUGCGGAGGGGCUCUGCAGUAAUGGAGGGGGUCACAGUCGGACAGGUAUUUGAUGCGGAGUGCAUCCUCAGCAAGCGGCCGCGGAAGGGGAAGUUUGAGUAUCUGGUGAAGUGGAGGGGCUGGUCGUCCAAACACAACAGUUGGGAGCCGGAGGAGAACAUUCUGGACCCGAGGUUACUCGCUGCGUUUCACAAAAGGGAACAAGAGCGGGAGCUGCUGUUCCAGAAGAAAGGAAAGAGGCCGAGAGGUCGACCACGGAAGAUCCAGCCUGCUCCGACCGAGACGAACGACGGCCGCUCCUCGUCCUCCUCGUCCUCCGGCCUCUCGUCGUCCGCCUCCUCUUCCUCAGAAGAUGAAGAGCACUCGAAGAAGGCGAAGCCCGGCCCGCGAAUCGACCCCGUCCCCCAGAAGAGGCCCCAGAUCCUGCUCGCCACUCCCGACCCCCCCCUCAAGAAGAAGCGAGGGAGGAAGCCCCUGCACCCAGACCUGAGAGCGUUAAGACAGAUGAAGAGCCGACCUCCUCCUCCUUCUCCUCCUCCUCCUCCUUCUCCUCCUCCUCCGCCUCCUCGCCACCACCAGGCACUCAGACCAUCCCGAGAGGAGCCUCGGCCCGGCGCGAAGAAGCCCCUGCAGCCGGCCAGCUUCACCUACACCGGGCUGAGCCGGAGUUUCAGAGACCAGGCUGGCUCCGCCUCCCACACCUCCACCAGCUCCUCCUUCUCCCAUACAGCCACCUCCAAACUCGGAACACUCGGCUGUGUCUGGUCCAACCGCUCACUGUCGUCCUCCGCUCCGUCCUCCUCCCACAACAGAACCGGUCCGUCACCGCAAACCAAGAACUCCGAGAAGCGCUCCGUGUCCGAGUCGGGCGGCCGGGGCGACGGCUUCAAAUCGUCUUCACUGAAACAAAGUGGCGGUUCGGCGUCGAUGAGUCUGCACGGCGGCUUCGGCGGCGGUCAGUCGGCGGUGGCGCAGCGCCCCCCGCUGGGCCACAGGAGGUCGGAGGCUGCCGGGGGCCACGGCGGGUCGGUUCAACACAAGCAGCAGAACUCGGGCCUUUCCAAGCCGCCAUCAUUGUCCUCGUCAACUCCUCGAGACCGAGCCAAUCAGGCGCUGAGCCUCCGAGCCCUAAACCUGCAGAGCGUCAGCAAGCCGCCACACACUUCCGGUUUCCAGGGUAACAACACAGGCAGCGCUGCAGCGUCGAUGGCGAGUCUGAGGAGCGGCGGCGGCGGCAUCAUCGUCGUAGAGACGCGAACAUCAGCUGGAGGGCAGCGCUCCGGUCUGCCUGCAGGCGGCGCUGCAGAGCACAGGGGGAAGGAGAUGAUGACAGGAGGCAGCCGAGGGAGCGGCGGCGGCGGGAGACCGGAGGAGAGGAAACACGGGCUGAACUCUCAGAACCGGAGCUUGAACGAGCUCAGCACUGGAGACUCGGACGAGAGCAGCAGCAGCAGCAGCGAAUCGGAACACGACGCCUCCCUGUAUCCCAGCAACAGCCGGCCCAGCCUCGGCAACAACGCCACCGAGUCGGACACGGAGACGGACUGGCGGCCGACACGCGGCCUGCUGGAGCACGUGUUCGUCACCGACGUCACGGCCAACUUCGUCACGGUGACGGUGAAGGAGUCGCCGACCAGCGAUGGAUUCUUCAACCCACGGAACCACUGACGGACGACGACGCGCGAUGACGUUGGAGACGACAUCAUCCUGAGGUCAAAGGUUGAACCUGUUCACUCAUCAGUCAGUCGACGAAGCUCGAGAGAAUCAGAACGCGUCCGUCCUCCGCCGGCCAUUUUCAUUUCUUCACUGAUCAAAACACGGGAUUCAAUAAAUCACAAGUGUCUGGCAUCUGAUCGAUCGAUUGACGUGUCAAAUAUUUUUAUAGUCGUUUAAAGUAAAUCUCUGGCACAUGGUAAACUCAACAUCUGGAGUUUUUACAUUUAUGUGGAACAAACGAUAAACUGAUCAACGAUCGGUCGAUUGAUUGACGAUGAUGAUGAAGAACGAUUUGACUUCAGUCGCCAGAAUCCAACGUAAAGUUUUAAAGAAUGACGUUCGUCAAACUAACUGAUGCUGAUUGGCUGAUAAACUUCUCUCAUGGUCUUUAUCAGCUGAUGGUGUCGUCGGGGUCGUGACCCCUGCUGUGAUGAAAACCAUCGGAGGGUUAAAGUCAAUCCAAGAUCAUUUUGUCACGUUGUCGUGAGGUUCGAAGGGCGCGUCCUGUGUGGGCGGGGCUUAAAUCUGCUGGACGUAAGACACCACCUCUCUCUCUUUCUCUCUGAGGACCAUUUGACUUUGUUUCCCUUGACCUUCUGACCUUCUGACCUCCUGACCUCGAUCAGAUCCAACAUCCGUCUUUUCGUUCUUGGACCAAAGUGUUUCUUUUUUUAAUGUGACCUGUCGUGUAUGUGAUUUCCUGCUCUCGACAGUGUCCCUGAACUACGCACAGUGUGACGGAGACACUUGAAUUAUGUGUUAAUUUAUAUUGUACAUAUGUUUUUUUCAUAUGAUUAUUAUUAUUAUCUAUCUGGUGCUGAUAUGGACCAUAACUUCAGAUGAAAGAUGUUUCAAAUAAAACAUAAGAACUGAAUGUCUGCGCUUCUGUCAGACCUCCGAGUCAGAGGUCACGACCUCCACGCUAAAUGACAAAUUCUCUUUUAUUAUGUUUUAAUCAAGAAUCGAUCGAUCCGACUGAACUCUUCAUACAAACAGAUAAGAGUUAUUUUCAGAACAGGAAUGCGUGUUUAUAUCGGCUCAUGAUUAUAAUGAUCACAAGUAUUAAAACAGUUUCGUGAGUUAUUAAAAAUAACUUGAUACGUUUACAUUUUUGAACCCGACGACAAACAGCAGAUAAAAUAAUCAGUAAACAACGUUCAAUCAAUAAGACGCAUGAAUAAAUCUGUUUCUGUCAACGGUUAUGAUUUAUGAUAAAUAAAUGAUGAUAAAUGAU